UGAAACGUGUGGAAGACAAUAAAUGACUUUUCGUUUCAACGAUAUAUUGCUCCUCUGGAGAUAAUGGUAAAUAUUUCUUUAAUGACUUCCAUCGUCACAGUCUUUUGGAAAAUGUAUAAAAGCGGUUCGCUGAUCGAAAUUUAGUCAGAGCACGAAAUUAAAUUUAUAAGUUAUAUACGAGAUACCCCAGGAUGAACGCUAAGCAAGCCUUUUUUACAAUAGUUUUUUUCCUCGCUUCAAUGCAUGUAACCAAAUGUCAUUUAGUGAGAAAACUAUUGGAGAGGAUAGAUCUUCAUCAGCUUGGUCAUCACAUGCAUAAUAAUAUGUUUAUCACAUCGAAAGUACUUAAACCAAUGUACGACAGAUUUAAAACUUACUUUAUAAAUAUUCACCCACGUCUGGCUAAUCGAUCUAAUCUUAUAAAUCGCAUUAACAGUAAAUGCAUAAAAAUCAAUCCUCAAGAAAUAAUCGAACCAAUCGCCAUUAUCAAUCCAAAGGAAAUGAUUCCAAUUGAAGAUAUUGGAGAAAUUAACGCUGCUUCAAUUAAGCACGGUGAUGUUGUUCCGAUUGAGCCGGUUGGUGCUGUUCCAAUUGAGCCGGUUGAUGCUGCUUCAAUUAAACACGGUGAUGUUGUUCCGAUUGAGCCGGUUGGUGCUGUUCCAAUUGAGCCGGUUGAUGCUGUUCCAAUUGAGCCGGUUGAUGCUGUUCCAAUUGAGCCGAUUGAUGCUGUUCCAAUUGAGCCGGUUGAUGUUGUUCCAAUUGAACCGGUUGAUGCUCUUCUAAUUGAGCCAGUUGAUAUUGUUCCAAUUAAGCAGGUUGAUUGUAUGCCAAUUAAGCAGACUGAUGUUACGCCAAUUAAGCAGGUUGAUGCUGUUUCAAUUAAGCAAGUUGAUGCUGUUUCAAUUAAGCAGGUUGAUGUUGAUCCAAAUAAGCAGAUUGCUACUGAUCCAAUUAAGCAGGUUGAUGCGGAUUCAGUUACAGCUUAAAAAUUGUUUUGUAUAUUUUCUUUUAUAUAUUGUUAAAAUGAUUACUAACUUGUAAUUUAUUUACAGUUUAAUUAUUCGUAUUAUAAUUUCUCGAUGAAUAAACAAUUUUGGUAUGUAUAUUAUGGUAUUAAAUUAAUUUUAUUACCACCUUCUAUAUAAACUCAUCGACACUCUUCUCGGUUCUACGUCGCUUUGAAACAAAGUUUAAAAGUGUUUUGGCUCGGUGGUAGACCACGCUUAAAAUCGUUGGAAGAAGCUCAACCAUGAAACGAAUAAAUAUUCGUGAAACUGCGCGGCAAAUACGACUCCUAAGAGUGAGCCAACUCGAUACAGUCCGUUUACUUCGAAGGAGAAAGGGAGGGAGAAAGAGAAAGAGAAAGAGAGAGAAAAAGAGAGAAAGAGAG